AUGUCUCACCCUGGUGCUCAGAUCUCCAAGCGGAGAAAGUUCGUCGCCGACGGUGUCUUCUACGCCGAGCUCAACGAGUUCUUCCAGCGCGAGCUCGCUGAGGAGGGCUACUCUGGCGUCGAGGUGCGCGUCACCCCCACCGUCACCGACAUCAUCAUCCGCGCCACCCAGACCCAGGAGGUCCUCGGCGAGCAGGGCCGCCGCAUCCGCGAGCUCACCUCGCUGAUCCAGAAGCGCUUCAAGUUCCCCGAGAACAGCGUGUCGCUCUACGCCGCCAAGGUGCAGAACCGCGGCCUGUCCGCCGUCGCCCAGUGCGAGUCGCUGCGCUACAAGCUCCUCAACGGCCUCGCCGUCCGCCGCGCCUGCUACGGUGUCCUCCGCUUCAUCAUGGAGUCGGACGCCAAGGGCUGCGAGGUCGUCGUCUCGGGCAAGCUCCGCGCCGCCCGCGCCAAGUCGAUGAAGUUCACCGACGGCUUCAUGAUCCACUCCGGCCAGCCCAAGAACGACUUCAUCGACACCGCCACCCGCCACGUCCUCCUCCGCCAGGGCGUCCUCGGCAUCAAGGUCAAGAUCAUGCGCGGCUCCGACCCCGAGGGCAAGGCCGGCCCCCAGAAGACCCUCCCCGACGCCGUCACCAUCAUCGACCCCAAGGAGGAGCAGCCCGUCCUCCAGCCCAUGAGCCAGGACUACGGCGCCAAGGCUGCCGCCGCUGCCGCCGCCUCCCAGGACGCCCGCGUCGCCGAGGAGGCCGAGGCAGCCGAGCCUGCCGAGCAAUAA